UAGAGAGUUCAGUCAGGUGCCUAGAGCUGUCCUGUGGCCUCUCCGGCUCAGCAUGGCUCAGGCACUGGGAGAAUCAGUUGCACUGGGGUUGUUGGGCCUGUGCUGGUCUCUGGCCAUUGCCCAUCCUCUUCCUCCGGCUAGUGCCCCUGGGAACGGAGCUGAAGGUGGGAAUGGGGUCAAGCUGGACCCAGACGUGCUCGAACGCUGCUCAGAUGGCUGGAGCUUCGAUGCUACCACCCUGGAUGAGCAUGGGGCCAUGCUGUUUUUCAAAGGGGAGUUCGUGUGGAAGAGUCACAACUGGACCCGCGAGUUAAUCUCAGAGAGGUGGAAGAAUUUCAACAGCACCGUGGAUGCCGCAUUCCGCCACAGUCACGACAGCAUCUUCCUGAUCAAGGGGGACAAAGUCUGGGUGUACCCUCCUGAGAAGAAGGAUAAAGGAUAUCCAAAGUUGCUCCAAGAGGAGUUUCCUGGAAUCCCGUUCCCACUGGAUGCAGCUGUGGAAUGUCACCGUGGAGAAUGCCAAGAUGAGGGCAUCCUCUUCUUCAAAGGUAACCGCACGUGGUUCUGGGACUUUACUACGGGAACUGAAAAGGAGCGUUUCUGGCCGGCCGUUGGGGACUGCUCCUCUGCCAUGCGAUGGAUCGGCCGCUACUACUGCUUCCGGGGUAACCAGUUCCUGCACUUCAACCCCGUUUCUGGAGAGGUGAAUUCCAAGUACCCUCUGGAUGUCCGAGACUACUUCAUGCCCUGCCCUGGUCAUGGACACAGGAAUAGGACCAGCCAUUGGAAUACUACCCACCAUGGCCAUUGGGAUGUGCCCUGUGGCACAGAUAUAGCCUUGUCUGCACUGCUAUCUGACAACCAUGGUGCCAUCUAUGCCUUCAUUGGGUCCCACUACUGGCGCCUGGACACCAGCCGAGAUGGGUGGCAUAGGUGGCCCAUUGGCCAUCAGUGGCCCCAGGGUCCUUCAACAGUGGAUGCUGCUUUUUCCUGGGAGGAUAAACUCUAUCUGAUCCAGGGCACUCAGGUGUAUAUCUUCCUGACAAAGGGAGGCUAUACUCUAGUAGAUGGUUAUCCAAAGCAGCUGGAGAAGGAACUUGGGAGCCCUCCUGGCAUCAGCCUUAGGGCUGUGGAUGCAGCCUUUACGUGUCCUGGGUCUUCUCGGCUCCACGUCAUGGCAGGACGGCGGCUGUGGUGGCUGGACCUGCAAUCAAGAGCUCCAGCAACAUGGACGGAGCUUCCUUGGCCCCAUGAGAAGGUUGAUGCGGCCCUGUGUGUGGAUAAGUCCCUUGGCCCUCACUCGUGUUCCGCCAACGGUCUCGGCUUGUACCUCAUCCAAGGCUCCAAUUUGUACUGCUUCAGUGACUUGGAGAAACUGAAUGCAGCCAAGACCCUUCCCCAGCCCCAGAGAGUGAACAGCCUCCUGGGCUGCAAUCAUUGAGAGGCCUCCUGACGUAAGUCUGGCCCAGCCCCUUCUCCCCAUUUUCCUUACAAUAAAGCCAGAGUGCUUCUUCUCUUGAAUCAA